UGUAGAAACAAAUGUGUAAACAAAUGUUGAAGAAACUAACAGCGACUAAAAUUAAGCAAACUUUAGUUAAAGACAAUGGCUACAAAUAUUUUACAAUUGAAACAAAAAAGUGUAUACCAAAUCGCUUGGAUCCGAAAUAAUUUUAUAUAUAUAGUUUGAUUUGAGCUAGGGAAUGCUGCACAUUCUAACUAUAUAAGGGUGCAUUGGGAACCCAGAUUUUCAAGUCGAAAUAGAUAAGCGUAUUGGAUUCUAAAUAACAACUGGUUUUUGAGUACUUUGUUUUUAGGUCCGACAAACGCGUAAUAUAUUAAUCUCAGUAUUUUAAAAUAUUUUGUAUAUUAUGAAAUGAUUGAAAAUUGGCAAUUCAACAAAUACAGUUUGAGAGCUGCUGCACACUUUUACUUUGUUAUUGUGCAUGCAAAUCUGUAGAACUGAGCUCAUAAUUGCAGUGCAUGUCAUUUUAUUUCACAAUUACAAAAUAAAUAAUGGAUAUAUCAGAAUCUAUAAAAUUUAAGGACAUCUGUGCCAUGCUUGAAAAAGUUAAAAAUGCUGUAAAUGUUGCAGCAAAAGAAAAGUACUUACGACGUUAUUAUGAUUCCUUUUGUAAAUACCGCCACAAUUAUCGUCAAGAGAAUGGAAUUGGGGAGGAUGAUUCUGAAGAAGGUAAUACUAGUUUCUAUUGUGUUUUACGCUGCCUUAUUCCAGGUUCGGAUUCAGUGCGUCCACCAUAUGGUUUACAGAUUACGUCGCUUGGAAAAGUCUAUAUAAAAGUAUUGCAACUGUCAGAAGAUUCACGAGAUGUACAACGCUUGAUUGCACGUAGCUACAGUGGGAUUCGUGGCGAUUACGCAGAUAUUGUACACUCAGUGCUGUCGCCACGUUGCAAGCAGGAACCGAGUAAUGUAACACUAAAACAGGUGCAUGAUAUGUUGGACACAAUUGCUUCAGAUGAUAGAAGAAAUACUGAGAAGGUGCUGACACAAUUAUCUGAAAUUGCAUCGGCAAAAGAACAAAUGUGGUUCAUACGAUUGCUGCUUAAGAGCAUGCAUCUGGGUAUAGGAGAACAAAAGAUAUUCAACAUAUUACAUGUGCAAGCGAAAGAUAUUUUUCGGCGGUGCUCCAAUUUAAAACGUGUAUGCUGCUUGUUAGCAGAUAAUAAAAUUGCAGAAGCUAGCAAUUCCAGCAAUAACAAUAAUAUUGUGAAAGAAGAAAUCAAGAUCGAAUCGAUAAUAACUGUGUUUCAACAUAUUCGUCCUAUGCUAUGUGAAAUGUUUCCUGGUGACAUACAACCACUGAUGUCAUCAGAUGUGCUAUUUUUAGAGACGAAAAUGGAUGGAGAACGGUUUCAGUUACAUUACACCAACGAUCAAUUUAAAUAUAUAUCGCGAAAUGGUGUGGAUUAUACUUCUAGCUUUGGUGAAAACUAUAAUGAUGGUAAUCUAACACCACACUUGGUUAGCCUCUUGCCUAUCGGCAUGGAAUCAAUUAUUAUCGAUGGUGAAAUGAUGGUUUAUGAUACAAAUACAGCACGAUUCUGUGAUAAAGGCGAAAACACAGACGUCAAGCAUCUAGGUGGACGUCCGCACUGGCGACCUUGUUUUGUUGCCUAUGAUUUAUUGUAUUUUAAUGGCUGCAGCUACCUUGAUACACCGUAUAUACAGCGCAUGACUAAAUUAAAAGAAUUAAUAAAGGAAGAAGUAGGAAUCCUGCAAGUUAUGAAACCUAAAAAAGUUUCAUCUAUGGAAGAUUUCAAAAAAAUUUUUCAAGAAGCACUCGACGCUGGUGAAGAGGGUGUAGUGCUUAAGAAGCAAUCAUCUCUUUACAAACCAGGCAUACGUCACGGGGGUGGUUGGUACAAAGUUAAAGCAGAUUACAUUCAAGGUUUGACUACAGAAUUUGAUUUACUGGUCAUUGGAGGUUUUUAUAACCGGACGCGUACGUUUAUCGAGUCAUUUUUGGUUGGUGUUUUAAAUUUUAAAGGAGAGGACAACUAUGAAGUUUAUAGUGUUGGCAAGGUAACAAAUAAUACACGCCAGCGUAUAGCUUUAAAUGAAACAUUGAAGCCACUUUGGCACAAAUUAACUUCUGAUCCGCCUCCAAUGACCUACCGUUAUGUGCAUACUAAUCCAGAAGGUAGACCGGAUGUGUGGAUUGAAGCAAAUAAAUCGAUUAUAUUACAAAUAAAAGCUGCAGAUCUGGCGCCAUCCUCCGCCUUUUUCCUUUCAAAGUCGUUGCAUUUUCCACGAACAGAAGCAUGGCGCAAUGACAAAGUGUGGAAUGAAUGUAUGACUCUGAAGGAAUUCUUACAAAUGUGUCAGAGUAAAAAAGGCCUUAAAAAGAUUAAUAAACGUGAGUUACAAGUUGAAGAUUUCACCACGAAUCGUAAGAGACUGAAAAUGACGGCAACUGAAAAACGUAAAAUUGGCAUAAAAUCUUAUGAAAAAAUAUUUAAUGCUGAAGAGAUUGAACAAAGUUCUGAAUUAUUUGGUAACUUCAGUUUUUGCGUAUUAAGUGGAUCACUGAAGGAAGGUCAAACAGUACAUCAAUUGAAAUAUAUUAUCACAGAAAAUGGAGGCGAAAUCGUUGAAAAUCCUAUACCAACCGAUUCAAGGUGCAUAUGUGUUGCUGGCGACAUAACACAUCGCAUAGAUAAAAUGAUAAAAACCAAUCGUUAUAAUAUAGUCUCCAUACUGUGGCUUUUAAGAACUACUAAAGAACAAGAAAUGACAUUCAGGCCAAAAGAUAUGAUAUGUGCUACUGAUGAAGUGAGAGAACAGUUUAAAACCAUGUAUGAUAAAUAUGGUGAUUCAUAUACUGAAUUUGUUGGCCCGAAUGAGUUAAAGGAACUUUUCGAUGAGAUAUCCUUAGAAGAGUUGAACUCUUUCGAAUUAACUGAUGAGGCUGCAGAAGAGUUGGAAAAUGAAUUGUAUAAAAAGAAAUCACCAUAUUACUUUCGUAAUCAUAAAGCCUAUUUCUAUAGCAAUGAGUUAAUUUCGCAGAUUGCGAAAUAUAAAUUUCAAUUACAUGGAGGAAUUGUAGAAAAUAUAAACGCACAAACUGAGAUGGCUGGUAUUGAGUAUAUAUUUAUAGAUGAGGUUAGUUUCAAUAAAGCUGACUUUAAGGAUUGGUUAAAGAAGGUUUUUAAAAGUAGUUCUGACUAUUUACAUAUAGUUAAAGUUGAUUGGGUUUUGCAAUCACACAGUAAGAAAACUAAACUCGAUGUUUUUGACUUCACUUGGCAUGACUUUUCUUAAGGACAAAUGUUUUUACUUUUGUGUCUCAUUAUAUGUUUAAAUAUUUGUAUUAGUGGGUUGACACCUUCAAUAUUU